AUGCCGACGAGGUGGUUAUCCAUUCGCAAACGAAAUCCUCUUCUUCACAGCGAGUCGACUGCUGAGCCGACUACGAAGCAGCAGGAAUUUGAUUUCGCCUUUGGGGAGUCACCCUCAGCUGGGCAGAGUGCUUCAGGCAGGAUCGGGCCCAGGCUGGUUCAGAUUCGUCCAACGACAUCCAGUGGCCCAACAGGAAAGCGGAAACUGCGUGUCGAGGUCCCCUCAAUCCGACCACGGACAUCAGAGAAUCACAGACCCUCGCCUUUACAGAACAUCAAUGGUAUUUCGAGAUCAGAAGAUAGCUUGAUAGGUCUGGCUUUCGGCAGUCCGAGUCAUCCUCCCGCAUUCUUCUGCGUUCCUCCUGAGGAGUCCAGCGCAACCGACCUAAACACUUUUCUACGCCAGCACCCGGACACGCCAGGCAACACCGUUCAGAUGCACUCUAAGAGAUGGCGGAAACUAGGAACGCUGUUCAAAUCCCGGCAAGCCGCUCUGAGACGGAAUGAGGUCCCAUCAGGUCCGACUAUAGGCCUACCGAGCGGCUUCGUGGUCCUGGACAAAGACACAACGACUGAGACACCCAAAGUGGAUGCAGAGAAAGUGCGAACGAAGCAACCAGAGCACCCAAAGCGUGACGCACCGCCACCACCCCUCGAAAAGGAUUACAAGCCUUCGACUCUGAAAACAACGGAGUUGGUUAUUCAGAGACCCGAAGAUGACUCGAUAUCGAGACCUUCAACUGCGACUGCGACCGAUGCUGGAUCAACGGGUGAGCCGUAUAUACGUCCGCCUUUACCGAAGCUUGAGCUGGAUAUCCCAUUCAAUAUCCCCGCAGCUAAGCGCUCUUCGUCCCUUCUCGCGCGACGGAGUAAGGCGCUGGAUAGCCUUAAAUCCCUCGAUGACAGUCAACCCACAAUUGAAGGCACCAAUAAGUUCGAAAACGACGACCACCAGAAGCCUGAAUCGGAGCCUCGAACGCCUCUGAUGCCACCGAGACGGCUCACGACGCCAACCAUGACGAGAUCGCCGGCAGCGAGCAAAUAUUCCCUGUUUCCAACCACCUCUCCCGCCCCGGUGAAAAUCCACGGCCGAGUGCCCAGCUCAGAUCAUGGCAACCUGCCUCCACCGACUCAACUACGAAGAUCAGCCACUUCCCCGGCCCGCUUGUCUCCCAUGCAAGACCAGUUCUCCGUCCCAAAGCCGGAACCACUCAAUCCGAACAAGGUUGCUUCCUCGACCGAGCAAACGAUUCCCAGUCCAGAGGAUAAUACAGCGUCGACAGAUCGCGAGGCACCUUGGAGCUCUGCUCACUCCUUCCAAUCAUCUGUAUCUUCCGCAACCACGGUUGAUGAAAUCUUUUUCGAUAUCAAAUCAUUCCGAGAUUCCAAAGGCGUGGAGGACGGCCAAUUCGUCAUGACUAGACCUGACUCGGUCCAGGUAGAGUUGGCUCGGACACGGUCCAAACGAGUCCCUCCUCCAAGCCACUUGCGGCAUGUCGAAGCUUCGCCAGGGGGCGCAGGUGAUGUCCCUGAGCACGCCACCCCAAUCCCACCGGAGCCGCCGGCAGCGCCCAAUGGUGCCCAUUCCGCAUGGACGACGAAGCACACCUCAGUCAACACCGCGUACUUCGAUGAAGCAAUUGCUGCAGUGGAGAGGCUCACAGCACCCACGGGCAGUUCUGCUUCGGCGGUUGAAAAGGUUCCUAGCAUCCCGACCGUUACGAUCGCGAACCAUGACGAAAAGCCGCGUCAACCGGCUCCGAUGUUGGCAGUCCAGUAUCCGCGUCCGUCUGACCAUCAGUCGCGCUUAGCCAGCAAGACUCACGAAGAAGUCGACCGCCUGAUCCCUUCACCUGUGGUUGAGGCGAAGGAGGAUGACUCUCCCAGGCCGAAUACAUCGCCCGUGAAAGUUGCGACUUCUCCAUCGGCUCAGCAACCACAAGUGAAGAAGGGCAUUUCUCCUCGCCUGGCUGCAGUCAAGCGUGUGGACCGCCCCAUCGAUGACUCCCCCACAAUUCCACAAGGUCCUCCCAGUCCAAGAAGACCCGCAAAGUCUACGACACCGCCCUCGAACGACAAACCGCCUCCGGUCCCGAAAAAGGACGCCAAAUUUAUUCCUCUCUCAAAGUACGCCGCGAAGAGCACUGUGACGGCCAUCGAGCAACGGGCGGGCGUGAUUCCCACGAGGCCUGUGCGUGCCAACACGGAAGAUCUGGCUGCGCGCUCGGCGGCGCCCCGUAUAUCGAAAGAACGAUCUGCGACUUUGCCAUCUUCGCUACAGCCUCAUUCUCAUGACGUGGUGCAGAAGUCCUCGCUGCGCGGCCUCGAGAAAGCCAUUCCACCCCAAUCCAACCCAGUGGCCUCGAAUCCGGUAACUGCAGAGGUCGCAGUUGCGCGAACUAUUUCGCUGUCCCGCAAGCAAUCUGCCCGCAUCCACGUUCCUGGGCCCAAACUCGCCGCGCGCCGCGCCGAAGCCCAAGCCCAGGCACAGGCACAAGCACAGGCACAAGUACAGGCACAAGCACAGGCACAAUCCCAUCUCCAAAUCGACCCUUCACCGCAACAACAUGCGCGCAACCUAUCGAGCACGUCCCAGAAAUCAAACAAAUCACAACGAUCCUUUCUGGGUGGCAGCCACCGGCACAAACGCACGGCGUCUUCUGCUAAAUCGGCCUCCCGCGCCUCCAAAGACCUUUCUGUCAAUAAGAAUGCUCUCAAAGUGACCAAGCCGCAGCUGGACGGCAAAAGCGGUUCCACCUUCGGCAAAUUUCUAUGGAGCAAAGAGUCGGAGAAGCAGCUGAUCAAGGAGGCGCGUAAGUGGGAGAUCCUCGAGAAGAAGAGCUACAGUCCUGUUGUGGUGCAGGCGGAAAGAGGACAUCGACCUGGUGUCAGUGUCGGAUUGGUUGUGGAGAGCAUGUGA